UCUUUUGCUCUUCCUCUUUUUUACUGCACCAUGCUAAACCACAAAGCAACUAGAACGCUCUAAAUGAACACUCAGUUCGCUGCCUUAUUUUGUAGUUGUUAGGAGAUUAAAACUUUCUUCACGCUGACAUUGCUGCUUGAUAGACGAUUUCUUCAGACUGCAGUCUUUGCAGGGUGAACUUUCGCUGUCGAAGGCAUGGAGGCGAUCGGAAAGUUUGACUUCACUGCCACAGCUGACGAUGAGCUCAGCUUCAAGAAAGGAGAAACCAUUAAGAUUUUGGGUACCAAGGAUGACUGGUACAGAGCCGAAAAGUGCGGCAAGCUUGGAUUCGUUCCAAAGAAUUACAUCAGGCUCAGCAUUCCCAGCUGGUAUCAGGAGGACAUCAGUCGACAAGAGUCUGAAAGCAUUCUCAUGUCCCAGCCAAUAGGGGCCUUCAUCAUCCGCGACAGCCAGAGUUCUCCAGGAGAUUUAUCCAUCUCAGUCAGGCAUGAGUUUGACGUGCAGCACUUUAAAGUGUUGCGGGAUCCGAAGGGACAGUAUUUCCUGUGGAAUGAGAAAUUCACUUCUCUGAAUAAAUUAGUGGACUAUUAUGCACUCAAUUCCAUCUCCAAGCAGAGCUGCGUCCGCCUCCUCGUAGAACAGCGGAACCCAUUAGAUGUCACUCAAGAAUCCAGACCGUCUCCUCGGCCCCGGUUAGAAGUCCCUAACAGAGGCAUUUCAGAUGCUAGGACGUUUCCUCAGCCCCGGUUAGAAGUCCCUAACAGAGGCAUUUCAGAUGCUAGGACGUUUCCUCAGCCCCGGUUCGAAGUUCCUAACAGAGGCAUUUCAGAUGCUAGGACGUUUCCUCAGGAGAGAGGAGAGAGGAUAGAGAGUCAGAGUAGAUCAGCAGGCCCACGGUGCCCCCCUCCCCGUCCUGCAGAGACCCUACCACCUCCACAGCCACCACUGAUGCAGGUCAGAGCUCUGUACAACUUCACAGCAGAGGAAACAGAUGAGCUGGACUUCAAUGCUGGCGACAUUAUAGAAGUCCUGGAGCAGUUGGACUCGUCCUGGUGGAUGGGUCAAAUACGCGGCAAAAGUGGACUCUUCCCUUCCAGCUACACCACUGCUUUAUAAACAUACAGCAAAAAUAGCCACAUAGUUUUCACCUGGACUCUGAAGGCUGCAGAAAUGCCACAGUGGUGGCUUCAGUGAGAUAUUCUACUUGUGUCAAACUACAGCUGUAUCAUUACAUUAAUGCAAUACAACAAUAUGCACUGUACAAAAUUAUCUGGAUUGUUUUAAAAGUUUGAAUUCACUGAGCAAUCAUAAAUAAAACAGAUUAUAAUGUUAUCCUAGCAACACUGGUGAGUCCAAUCUUGACGAAAGAGGAUAACAUAAAAUCGCAAUAAUUUUUGCAGAGCCAUUUACAAGAUGCACUUUUUUGCAAGGACUUUUUGUGUUAUUUGUGAUGCCUUCCGAAUAAACAGU